AUGACGAAUUCUUUCCCUUACAAUACCUACUUCGUAACGGAGGAAGAUCUGCAAUACGUUCCACCGUAUAUGAAGGAUACUGGAGAGACACCACAAGAAUUGAAGUGCCCGAUCAAAGGUUGCUGGCCAAAGUGGCUAGCUGGUGAAUUUGUGCGUGUCGGUGGAUCAAAAUUUGUCGUUCCUCUUUCUGAGGAUGGAUCCAAGCCUGCUGCGGUUCUGCAGCACUUUUUCGAUGGUUUGGGCUCUCUACACAGAUUCCGGUUUGCAGAUGGCCAAGUUCAUUACACCAGUCGCUCUAACACCGAUGGUGUUGCUCGCAAUGCAAAACGUGACGGCAUUGUCCGCACCCAUAUGUUCGGCCCUAAUGCCAAUACACCCCUAAGGGAUGCGCAGGAUCCAUGCUCUAAAUUGCUGGGUGAAUCGAUUCUUGUCCAUACAGACUAUAAUUAUUUGCAGGUCUGUGAUUCGAAGACCUUGGAACCAAAGCGUCUUUUGACCUACGCAGAUAUUGAUCCUCAGCUAUCUGGAUUUCGAAUUUGCGCUCACCCGCCAAAGGAUCGGAAGCGGGGGUUGACGUUCAACUAUAUCAUAUCCGAGGAGGGAAAGAUGUCUGUGUUUGCACUAUCCUAUACAAGUAAACCAGCUUCUUUGGUCUGGAAUACCGUUCUGCCUUGCCAGCCUUGCUACAUCCAUUCUCUUGCCAUCACCGACAAAUACGUCAUUUUCAUUCGCAACCCACUUCAUAUGGAUGUAAGUGAUAUGGGAAAGCCCGUCAUGGACAUGCUCGAGUUCGAGCCAGAAUCCAAAACGCUUUUUUUCGUGCUUGAUAAAGAGGAUGGAAAACUUGUACGAACAUUUGCAGCCCCAAACUUCAUGUUUUUCCACUCCGUGAACGGAUAUGAUUACGUCUGCCCCAAGACCGGACGUACCAACAUCCAUGUCGAUUUGUGUAGCUACGACUGUGACUACUGCCCAUAUCGGGAGUACACUUUGAGCAAUACUCUCGACCCUGUGAGACCAUUCCAAGAAGGUACACUAGUGCGCUAUGAGUUGGCCGGUGUUGACGGCGAAAUGUCGUCGAAAGAUCAUACAGGGAGGGCUACAAUCGCACAAGCAUUCCGUAAUUUCCCCAUGGAGCUUCCCCGCAUCAACAAGGGGUAUUCAACAAAUCCAUCAUAUCGGUAUGUUUAUGCCACGGGUGGCAACGGCGGUCCGUCACCGGGGACGUUGGUUCCUGUUGGUCGGCUUGGCAAGAACCUGAAAUGUGUGCAAGGCGCAUUUUUCAGCCGAAUUGCCAAAGCCGAUUGGCAAACAGGCAAGACCCAGGUCUGGCAGCCUGAGGAUGGUGAGAGCUGUCCUUGUGAGCCUGUGUUUAUCGCGCGCCCGGGGGCUGUCGAGGAAGAUGACGGAAUUGUCCUCACCAUCAUUGUUAACCGAGAUGGAACACAGAGCAUCCUCAUUGCUCUUGAUGGAAGAACUAUGAAGGAGGUUGCCAGGGCGAUGAUGCCUCAAGUAUAUGGCUUAGGUCCCCACGGUAGCUUCAUAGAGCAGAAGUCGAUGUACCCUUAG